CGUACACCUUUGCAUUUCCUGUUACUUUUUUUUUUGUUCGCAAAAUAAGCAUUUUGUGCUAAUUAAAGAUUAUCAGACGCAGAAAAACCUUUCAAACUAAAUACCAUAAGACAUUAACAGCAACCAAUGGGAAAGAAGAAAUGUUAUAAGAAUGGUAUGCAACACAAUGUCUGACAUGACUGACAACCCAGGAAUUGAUAUGUUCUCAAACAACAACUACCUGCCUGAUAUUGGACAGUUUAGUAACCAAGGAAACAAUGGAUACUUACAGAGAUGUCGACUGCCAACAACCAAUCAGGGAGCUCAAUUCACCUUUGCUGUCCCAACCCGGGCCAGUUCAUAUACCUUAGGCCAAGUAGGCCACACCCACCAACCAAGAGGACUCUAUUCUAUCCCAAUUAGUCAGCAGGGUAUGGUGCCUGGAUUUGGGGCUUCAUGGCAACAUUCAGUACCUAAUCAGAUGCCAUGGACAGAAAAUUGGACAGCACCCACUACUAACUUUGGAAUAACUACAUUUACAGCCAUACCUACCAUGUCUGUACCUUCAUUUAGUAUUUACAGUAGUAUACCAUCAUGCAGUACCACACCAAAUCGACCAAAACGUCGGCACUCAAUAGAUAUAGAAAAGGAAGCUCCAAAUUCAAAAUGUAGAGUUACAGCUGAGAAAAUGGUUGCCAGAAUGGAAGGGUUAUCUCUAAUGAAUAAUGGUUCCCCUAGUAGUUGUGAAAAAACAGAGUACCAGUUCCAACCAGCUCUAGACUAUGACUUAACUGACAUGGCUACAUCCAGUACAACUUGUUCAACAAUGUCUGGGGGAUGGGAAAGAUUCAGGGAAAUAGAAAACAGAUUAAAUUCAGAAUCAGAAGACGAUGAUCUUCCAGAUGAUGAUGGAGUGAAAGUUCAUAUAACAGAAAGUAUAGCAAAAAAUAUCCUGGAGUCACAACCUCUUAUACCACAGAAAAUACUAGAUAAUUUUCACAAGCCGUGUAUGGAGGUUGUGCUAUGGAAGAGUCCUGGUGGUUUUACUACAGAAUCUGUAAUCAAAGAAACAUCUAGUACACCAGUCACAACAUCAUCACAUCAAUCAUUAUUGUCACCACCUCUUCAGAUUAGUGUAGAUAGCAAUUCAUCAAAAGAUAUGGAAGCAGAAAGUAGUUUGGAAACAUAUGACGAUUAUAUGGACUUGUGAAACAUGUCUAGUCUUUAGUGACUGCAAUCAACAGCUGACUUAUUUUACCCUUAUUAGAUAGAAAAACCUUAACAUACUGAGGAUUCUUUAAUAUUCGUGGGAUACUAAUUUUUGAGGAUUUCGUGGGUACACGUGAACCCCAAUUAUUGUUCAACGAUUUACAAAUUUUCUAUUGCGUUGUAUGCAGACUUUGGCAAAACCAUGAAAUCAAAUAUCCAAGAAAAUGCAAGAUUUCCUCAAUCCAUGGAAAUUAGUACCUUAUAAAAUUACUGAAUCCACAGUAUUGGAAUUAUAAUACUACUGUAGGUCAUAGUUCAUUUUGAGCAGGGACAGAUUCAGAUUUUAUUGAAAGGGGUCGUAAGAGUGUCAAAUGUUGAAAAUAGCUUUGACCCUCUACACCCCCAACUGAUUCCUACACUCGUAAGGGAAUUGUUCUCGACAAGAAAAAUCUUGCCAUACACACAGGAUGGCAGUGAAAACUUGUUUAAUGAGUUAUUCCAAAACAGUAACUAGAAGAAAUAAUCAGACAUAUGUAGGAAACCAAAUGUUAAUGGCAAGAACUGCUCCCUUACUUGUUGGGAUGAACUCAAUGAUAGAUAUCAAAGAAAUUUAAUAAGACCAAAUGAAUACUUUAUGUUUUAAGGUUCUCUACAGAAAACUAUUUUAAAAAUUACUUAUAUAGGUAACUUUUGUAAAAAAUAUUUUUAUAUAUGUAGGUGUCCAUUCAUACAGAGCUUUAACAUAUUUUCACAGACAUCUGGUUAUUUUUCCCAUGAAAUAUAAAAACUAAUCUUCCUGAAACACUAAUUGCCUUUCUGACAGCCAUGCUUCUGGGUCAAAGAUUGGUCUCUUGGGACUAUUGAAAUAUCAUUUUCCUUAAAAAUCUUGAAGGUAGACAGAUAUAAAUAGAUGGAAACUUGUGAUUUGAUGAAGACUUGGAGUUAUUUAUAAUUUGUUACCCAAAAACAAUUACAUAUGUUCCUUGAAUAAUUGUAAUCACUCAGUCUUUCAAAGAUGUAUGGAAUAACUUAUACAAGUAAUAUUUUUGCCAGUAUCUUUAAAUAACCCAUUACCUCUAUAAUCCUCUCAAAUUUAAUGAAUUCUUAAUUUUAUGUAAUAAAAUGAUGUAAAAAUUCAUAAAAAGUACAUUUAGUCCAUGCUUCUUUUGAAAUUUAGAAUAAUUCCAUGGAGUCAUUUAAUAAUUUUUUGAUACAAAAAUGACCUAUAUAAGUAAUGAAAAAAAUCAACUUGUUUAAGGAACGCCCCUGACUGAUAAUACAUGUAUUUCACAUCCACCCAAAGUUGCAAUUUCAAAUUGUCUUCCUUGUGUCCCAUAUAUGUAUUUAUAGAACAGCCCUAUUAGUGAAUUGACAGUAUUUUGUUAUAUAUCAUUUAGAACACCCUGAGGUAUGACCAUCAGUAGUGGUAUUGUUCAGAUAUUUUAAGAUGUUUAUGUGUCAGAAUAUAUACUUUGAGAUAAUUGAACAAAAGAACAAUGUUUAUAAAUUUUAUAUUGAUAUGUAUUAGUGUAUAUAGAUGGUGGGCGGGCAUUAAAUAUCAUUAGUUGUGAUAAGAUAUGAAAUCAACAUUGAAUACCAUAAUCAAAUUUCAUACCUGUCUGCUCAUUGAUUAUAAAUUUACUAUAGCAUUUUGACUGGGGCUUUGCCAAUGUUGUGAUUUUAUAUUUUAUCUGGCCACAUUUUUAGCACAGAAAACAAAUAUUGUCAUACAGCAUGGAUGCAUUUGUGACAUGAUUCAAAAGCUUCAAUACUGGCUUACACUGGUCACAAUUAGCAAUUAACAAAUCAAAAUUGUUUAUUAAUUUAUGGCUUCCAUUUCUUUACAUAAUUUAACUUUCAUUCAGACAAUAAUGGCUGAAUAAACUGACAGCUGAUUGCCCCACACAUACGCCUGUUGGUCAUCAGGUCAACUGUCUAUAUGACCCUCUUUUGUAGCCAAAACCCCAGUUUUAAAAGAUAAUGUGUAGGUCCUGCUAAUAUCAUCAUAAAAAUAUUUUGAUAUCAUAACAUUCGUGAGUUUCAAUCUUUUUGAAAUUUCAUUGCAUCCCAUUUCUUCACAGGAGAAUUUUUUAAUAGUCUUGCAAAAUCUCUUAUUUUACACUGUCCUUUCCAUUUCGAUAAUAUGUUUAUAGCUAAAAGAAAUCUUGCAGAUAAGUUAUACUACUUCCUUUGUUUUGAAACUCACUACCCCAUAGUUAUUAAUAUUUGGUGCUUUCCAACCCCUAUACAAAUUAUUGUGGAAUAGCCCUUAUUCAAAAAGCAUUUAUACUAAAAGAUAUCCAGCCACGGUGUGAACAAAUUAUCAUUUCAAUAACAAGAAGUUUAUCAUAUUUAUCAAGGCUGUUAAAAAAGUACUGUUAAUUCAGAAAUUGUUGCCAUGUUUUUUUUUAAUUAGAAAAAUGUGACAGUAUCAGGCCUAGGUUCGCUUUAAUAAAAACUUGCAUUCAUAACUUCAGUAGUGAUUUUCCUUUAUAAAAUUUUCUGAAUUUACAGUAAGGCUAACAAAAGUUAUAAACUAGUAAUAGAGCAACACUGUUAUAUAUAUAACAGCUUAGAUCUUGAUAAAACAUUGUACUUAAACCAAUUAAUCAAAGAUCUUUGAAUAUUGAACUUAAUUCCCAAAUAUUACUGCAUAAAUUUCAUCCUGAUUGGCUCGACUUAAAUACCUUAUAUUACUGGAACAAUCUAUUUUAAAAAAGGUAAUUUAGUGACUCAUAACUCAAUUUUGGUCUGAAAGAUACAUGACCAAGGUAAUUCCAGAAACUUGAGGGGAACAGGGAAAACUGUAUUAAACUUUGUAUAGGGUAUUUUUUUUGCAAGUUUAGCUUGAUUGACAUCUUGCAGAGCACUUUAAUAGUGAGAGUUUUUGCUCCAUGUUGAAGACCUCACUAUGACUCUUAGAUAUAACAGCAAAAAAAAGAGGGUCUGGAUGGGAUUUACAGAAUGUAGAAUAAUAGGCCAAUACUACAUCAAAAUGGGCUAAAAAAUAAAGAAUAGAGAAAAACAGGCCAAAAAAAUAAAGAAUACAGAAUUUAGGACCCCCAUGCAGACACUCAUAAAAGCGCUGUUCUUUUACAUUUGCUUUAAGUCUUUUCAUGUGUAUAAAUUGGGGUGCUAAAAUAUAAAGACAAGAAAAAUGGACAAAACUAAUAAAGAAUAGAGAAAAAUAGCUUAAAAAUUUAAAGAAUACAGAAUUUAGGACCCCCAUGCAGACACUCAUAAAAAGCCCUAUUCUUUUAAAUUUGCUUUUAGUCUUUUUAUGUGCACCUAAUGAUUUUAUAUAAUGAACUAAUACACAGUGUCUUUUCUUUUUCCAUUAAACUUUGUUGUAUAAUUAUGAUCAUUUUGUCAUAUUUCUUAGACUAUAGAAAUCACUAGUCAUUUAAGUCAUGCACUUUCAAGUGAAAUUAAUAUCCUCAUAAAUUAUAAGGAACAACCAGUUCAAGUAACCAGACCCAUUUGUAAAUGAAACAUGACUUUUCAUUGUUUAGAAAUGUUUUAUUGUUGUACAGCAAUAAGAAAAUGAAAAUAAAAGAUAUUUAAAGUAA